GCUUAUCAGAACCACGAAGAAGAAUGUUGUGAACAAGGAAGUUAAUAUUUUACAGGAAGCCAACGUAAGCUCCCUUUUGUUUUGUUUUGUCUUUGUUUUCUGUAUCGAAUUUGUGGCCGUUUUUCCUCGGAUUAGUUCGCUAGAUUAGUUAAUAGGUCAUUGUUCAUCUGGGUUGUUUCUAUUAAGUUCAUUUUUUAAUGACAGUCGGCGUAAUUCGGCGUUAGCUGUGAGCUAACAACAGAGCUAACAGGCCUGAAGGCCAUCUGUUCAUUGUCUGCCCGUCAGUCAAAUACUUCAACUGUUUAUAUCCAGCAGCUGAUUUUAGGCUCGUUUGGAAACAGAUACUACAGCGAACGAAGCGCCGGGACCGCUGUCAUCCGUUUGUCUCCCAGCAGUCCAUAGGGAGUUUGGAUGACCAUGUAUGCCCCGCCGGGUUCGACUGUCCCUGGAGGCCGGAGGAGGAGAGGAGGCACCUCCCUGCCCAAGCAGCCGGAGCGGAGCCUGGUGUCGGCUCUGCCCGGAGCUCUGUCCAUAACGGCGCUGUGCACGGCUCUGGCAGAACCGGCCUGGCUCAGAGUUCACGGAGGCACUUGUCCUAGACAAGAGCUGGGGGUGGCAGAUGUCCUGGGAAACAUUGAUCCCAAGCUCCUGGACGAUUACUGUGUGAAUCCACAGACCAUCUUGCUGCUGAGGGUGAUCGCUGCCUUCUGUUUUCUGGGCAUCUUGUGCAGUCUGACUGCUUUCCUCUUGGAUGUGUUUGGACCCAAGCACCCUGCACUAAAGAUCACACGCAGAUAUGCAUUUGCACACAUUCUCACAGUGUUGCAGUGUGCCACAGUCAUAGGCUUCUGCUACUGGGCCUCAGAGCUCAUCCUGUCACUACAGCAGCAACACAAAAAGUACCACGGCUCUCUCAUAUACGUCACUUUUGCCAUCAGUUUCUACCUGGUGGCAGGUGCAGGCGGGGCGUCUAUCCUUGCCACAGCGGCCAACCUGCUGCGCCACUACCCCACCGAGGAGGAGGAGCAGGCUUUGGAGCUUCUCUCUGAGAUGGAGGACAGCAGUGAAACUUUUCCUGCCGAUUAUGACAUUGCCAAUCAGUUUCAGCCACCACCUGCCUAUACGCCCUAAUGCUGCCAGACUGGCCUUGUUAACACUCGCUUUUCUCUCUGCAGCACGGCUACUGGCUUGAUGAGCAAACCCCACUCUUUAUCAAAUGGAUAUCUUCGCGAAUACUCUCCAUAAUGAACACAGUGUGCACAGUUAGUGCGCAAAACUCCUUGACUGACAGUGCUUGGGUGCAUGAAAGCUUUCAUUAGUGGUGGCGGAAAUUUAGGAGAUGAUUCUUACUUUCACCACUGAAGUUGUUAGUGAUUUGCAUGUAAAUGGCUUUUAGGAUUUGGUUCUUACGUGUAAAGCAAACUAAACUGCAAGGAGUGCGCAACAUGGCUCAUCACACGUAAUUGAUGAAACAGCCGCAGCCUGAUCAGGGCCAGUUAUGAGGCUGGGCUGGCGGCAGAUUGUACUGCUCAUGGUUGGAUCAUGGAUGGAGCUUUGCUAAGCAUCAUUUUUGAUUUAAUUUUUGAUAUGCUUGCUGUGUAUGAUUUUUAUUUUCCAGAUACAUCAAAAAUGCCGAAAUACACUGAGAUUGUUUUAAACAUUUCUAUCAUACAAAGCAUAUGGACAUUAUUAUUUAUUAUUUAGUUGUCUGUGCUGUGUCUUAUUUUCUUUUUGCUUUGUAGUCACUGGUUUAGUCUUAUUUAAUCACAUUUUUACUUGAAGUAACACGAGAAAAUUGUCGGAAAAAAUGUGAGACGCGUCUUUGUGGUGUUUUUAAAAAGGAUCAUGGCAUGUGUUGGUGUUAAGAGGUAGCGGCCACGGAGAACCUGAGAAACAUGUCUGUAUGUUUCACAAUAAGAGACAUUUAGUAAGAGGAACCUCGCCGCAUAAGUUGGUCGUGUCAUGUUUCUUGUAUUUGAUUUUUAAGAAAAGAAAACCUUAUUUGUACUUUGUAAUUACCAUACGUGACUGUUUUAGUAUGUGUUUUUUUUAAUGCAUGAGUUCUUUCGUGUGCAAAUUUUAAACCUACAGGCAGAAUCGUAUGAGAACAUCUCACAUAAAAAGGUGCCAGCUGAGGCUUAAAAUUGUGAUUGAUGUGGUGACUGUAGUUGGUUGUAUAUUGUUCUGUUUACUUCAUUUCUGCAUUUCGUUCUUCAAAUUAUCAUAUGCUUUCAUCACCAGUAUGUAAAUAUUGAUUGUUUCUACAUAAAAAGUGGUCAUAAUAAAUUUAAUGCCAUA